AUUCAAUUCAAUACACUAUAAAUGGAAAACGAAGAAAAACUUAUUUUAGUAAAUCUAAUAAAGGGAGAUACCACAUAUUGGGUUGCUGAAAAAUGCGAAGAUUUCUAUAAUUUUUUUGAAUCAAUGCCAUAAGAAAUAACAAGUAUAAGUUUUAAAUAAUUAUAAAGAUUUCAAAAAGAAAUAUAUCCUUGAUAAUGUACCAUAUAAUAGCCGAUUUAUAAUGUUAUGCAUAGGAACAAUUGGUUUGGCAACUUUAACAUGGAGAAGUAAAACAAAAAUAAAAAUAAUUUAGGAUCUUUAUUUCGUAAUUCUGUAUUGUCAUUUAUUGGAGGAGGAGUGUUUUUCAUUCCUGAAACAUUCAAUCCAUAUUUAUUUUUUAAAAAAUGAUUAAUGUAGGACACAAAAAAUAAUUAUAAAUAUUUGGC